UCAUUUCAAAAGAUUGCGAAGGACAAAAUAUCUAUAAAAAAAAUAUAUAGCAUGAAUUUCACCAAAUCACCAUCCUUUCAUGGCAACUUCCUUUGCAUAACAAUAGAAGUCCUUCCAAAGACUUCAUUUUGGGUGAGUCAAUGCUAUCUUUCCGUGUUCUCAUCUUCAUAUAUGAAAAAAAGAAAGAUGAAAAAUAUAGUACAACAAUCAGUCCUUCCCCUCAAAACUGAGGAAAGACAAAGCUAGAUCUCAUAUAUAAUUCUUAAUUACUUGAUCCAGAGAGAGAAAGAGAGGCCCUCAUGGGUUUGCAAAGGAAGCAUCUGCAAAUGGUGUUGCUAUGGUGUUUAGUAGCAGUACUAGCACUAGCAACAACAAAAGCAUCUCAAACAAUUCGAUCCGAUUGUGAUGAAUAUUGUGGGGAUGUAAGCAUUCCAUACCCGUUUGGCACAAGCGAGGGCUGUUACUUCAAUAAAGAUUUUCUGAUAACUUGUGACCACAGUGUCAACCCUCCCAAAGCACAGCUACUAAACAGCUCUACUGUCGAAGUCCUAAACAUAUCCAUUGAUGCUCAUGAAUUGCGCAUCCAUACUUUUAUAGCUAUUAGGUGUUAUGACUCCCUGGGCCACACGACAGACGAUAAUAUUUCCUAUACUACUUUACCAUUUUUCCCUUUUUCCUAUACCCGAAACAAGUUCACUGCUGUUGGUUGUGACACCUUUGCCAACGCCAUAGCUUUCCAAGGAGACGACCUUAUAAUGGCUGGGUGCUUGUCAUUCUGUACUGAUGAAAAUAGUACAAGGGACGGGGUUUGCUCCGGUAUAGGAUGCUGCCAAAGCCUCAUCCCAGAAGGGCUUUUGGUCUUUAAUAGCAGCGUUGGAAGCUUAUUUAACCACAGCAGGAUAUGGGACUUCAGUCCAUGCAGUUAUUCUUUCCUGGUGGAAGAAGAUGCUUAUAACUUCUCUACAGCCCAUCUCAAGGAUCUUCAAUACAGAAGAGUUGUUCCCACUGUGCUGGACUGGGCAGUUGGCAAUCUAACAUGCGAAGAAGCUCAAAAGAACUCAUCCAAUUAUGCAUGUCCAAAGGAAAGUGUCUGCAAUGAGUCCAGUAAUGGUCCAGGGUAUCGCUGCAACUGCCCUCAAGGUUACAGAGGAAACCCAUAUUUGCCUUUUCCCAAUGGUUGCCAAGAUAUUGAUGAAUGUACGGAUUCAACCCUCAAUAACUGCACCAAUAGUUGUCAUAACAAACUCGGCAGUUAUAAGUGUUCGUGUCCAAAGUGGUAUAAAGGGGACGGCAAAAGAGAUGGAGAGGGCUGCACUAUAGACCCAUUAUUAUUGACAAAGGUGUCGCUCGGUAUCAGCAUUGGCUUCGCAGUAUUAUUAAUUGGAGGCAAUUGGUUGUACUGGGGAUUCAAACAAAGAAAGCUCGUCAUGCUCAAAGAAAAGUUCUUUCGGCAAAAUGGAGGUUUUUUGCUACAACAACAACUCCAUGAAAGGCAAAUAUCGGCCAAUGCCAUUAGAAUCUUCACUACAAAGGAGCUUGAGGAUGCCACCAACAACUAUGAUGAAAGUAGGAUAGUCGGUCAAGGAGGUUUUGGUACCGUUUACAAAGGAAUUUUUAAAGACAACCGGACAGUUGCCAUAAAGAAGUCCAAAAUGGUGGAUCGAACUCAGAUUGACCAAUUUAUAAAUGAGGUGGUUGUACUCUCUCAAAUUAAUCAUAGGAAUGUGGUAAAACUCUUGGGUUGUUGUCUAGAGACAGAAGUCCCAUUAUUGGUAUAUGAAUUCAUCACCAAUGACACUCUUUAUCACCACAUACAUAGCAAUGAAAAGACCUCGGUCAUGUCCCUGGAAAUCCGUCUAAGGAUUGCUGCAGAAAUUGCUGGAGUGUUAUCGUAUUUGCAUUGUGCAACUUCCGUUCCCAUCAUUCACAGAGAUGUCAAGUCCAUGAACAUACUCUUGGAUGAUAAUUUCACCACAAAGGUGUCUGACUUUGGGGCUUCAAGGUUGAUUGCACUCGAUGAAACUCAAGUAUCAACUAUGGUGUUGGGAACCGUUGGUUACUUGGAUCCUGAAUAUUUGCAAACAAAUCAAUUGACUGAAAAAAGUGAUGUUUAUAGCUUCGGCGUACUUCUUGUGGAGCUGCUCACCGGAAAGAAGCCACUUUCUCACACUGGGCCAGAGAAGGAGAGAAGUCUAGCUAUGUAUUUUCUAGCAUUGUUGAAAGAAGAUCGACUGUUCCAAAUUCUGGAUGAUUGUGUAGUGCAAGAGGGAAAUCCAGAGCAGCUUAGAGAAGUAGCUAAUGUAGCAAAAAGGUGCUUAAUGUUAAAAGGUGAGGAAAGGCCUACAAUGAGGGAAGUAGCAGCGGAACUUGAGGGACUGAGAAAGAUGGAAAGGCACGGAUGGGUUGGUGCCGGUGUAAAUUCAGAGGAGAGAGAGUACUUGCUCCGUGAAUCAGAGGAUCACGGUUAUGGUGGUGGUGGUAAUACAACAGCCGGGUAUGAUAGCAUUAAGGAUCAAGUAUUAAUUUCAGUAGGCGGUCCGAGAUGAUGGCUUUGUGUUUGAUAUACAACUGCAUUUUAUUUUCUGUUUAAAUUAUGUAUUGCACCGGUUUUAUUAUGUUAAAUAAACAAAUAAGAUGUGUAUUUUUUUUCUUCCAAUAAAUGAAUAAGAUGUAUGAUUUGAUCA